CCGAAAAAACAUAAUUUCUCCUCCAACGGCUCUUUGCUCCUUACAUAAUCUCAUUCAAAGUUUCUUGUCCAUACCCUCCUCCAUAAACAGUCAAGAACCAAAGAGAACACUCUAAAAUUUGAAACUUCUCAAUCUCAACAACAAUGGAUACAACAACUUCUCCAUCUCAUCGAUCCUCCACUCGAAGCCGAACAAAAUCAGCUUCAAGACUCUCAAAACUCCGCCGAUAUGAUGAAGAAAGUGAAUCCCUCACUCCAAGAAACUCUCUUGAAAUAAUCCCUUCACCAAGACUACUAGCUUCUCCAUCACCUUCAGCAAUGUCACCAACCAACAAUCUCCCACUUCGCGAGCUUUUACUUCUUUCUCCUUCUCCUCUUCGAAGAUCCAAAACUCGUCUUGCUGAUAAGCUUGAUCAAUUUGCUGAUGAUGGGGUUGAGCCUAAUGGUGUUCGUAGAAGGCGAAGGAGCAGAAAUUCUAACAUUGGUGCUUCGCCACGCAAUAAUAUUCGAAGAUCAAGAAGAAGGUUGGAGCAAGAAAUGAGAGAAGAUAGAGAUUCGGGGUUAGUUGAAGAAGUGGUUAAACCAAGAAAGAAAAAGAAUAGUGGUAAAUCCAAAAAGGAUAAGCUUAGCUUGGUUACUUCAAGUACAUCAACAAUAAUAGAAUCAAAAGAAGGAGAAGGGUGUGAUUUAAUAAACAGAACUGAGAUACUUUUAAGUGAUUUGGUGAUGUGGAGGGAUGUGGCAAGAUCAAGCCUUUGGUUUGGUUUGGGGUCUCUCUGUUUCUUAUCUUCUUGUUUUGCAAAAGGAGUUACUUUUAGCAUUUUUUCUAUGGUAUCGCAAUUGGGGUUACUUUUUUUAGUUGUUUCAUUCUUCUCACAUUCGAUUCGCCAAAGAGAUGGUGGUACAGAAGUAAAGCGCGAAUUUCAGCUGACUGAAGAUGACAUUUUGAGAAUGGGAAAAUUGAUACUUCCAGCUGCAAAUCUUGCAAUUUCUAAAACAAGAGAGCUUUUUUCAGGAGAACCUGCUAUGACCCUCAAAUUAGUGCCAGUGUUGAUAAUUGGAGCUGAGUAUGGCCAUUUGAUAACUGUAUGGAGGCUCUGUGCCCUUGGGUUUUUCAUCAGUUUUACUGCCCCAAAACUUUAUUCCUCUUAUUCAUAUCAGAUCUCUAGUAAAGUCAACUAUAUGAAAUAUCGGUUGGUGGAGAGUUGGGGUGCUUGUUCUCACAAGAAGAUGAUAGCUGCAUCAGCAUUGACUGCAUUUUGGAACCUCACCACUCUCAGAACACGAAUCUUCACAGCAUUCAUAUGUCUAGUAAUAUUCAGAUACUGUAAACAACAUGAAGAGGAAAAGAUUGAUGAAGAAAUGGUUGAAGUGGAAGAAGAAGAAGAAAAGCAGGCACUGGUUGUGUUAGAACCUGUGGCAUAAUUGUGCACCAUAUAUGCCAAUGUAUCACUGCUAUACUGUUACUAGGUGGUGCUGAGCUACUAACAUAAUAAUAACCCCACUUGUUAUUUUCCUCUAUCUAUCAAGGAAGAAGAAAACCUUGCUGUAUUUCCUUGUAUCUUGUAUAUCCAAUCAAAGCAAGGAAGAAGAAUUUCUACUGCUCUUCUGGAAAUAAAGAAAUCUGGUCUUUACUUUUC